AUGUCAUCACAAUAUCUCAAUGUUUCUCACCCUCUCUGUCCGUCUUGUGUCCUCCAGGCUGGUCUGGUGUCUCCCGACUGUCCCGAGCAGCUCCUCAUCGCACUGGAACCCGAAGCUGCGUCCAUUUACUGCCGUAAGCUCCGCCUCCACCAGGUGCUUGACCUGAGCUUGCAGCCAAUCGCGAAUGGCUUUGAUCUGGAAGGGUCCCGGCCCUUUGACUCCAGCUUCAGGCAAGCGAGGGAGCAGUUGAGGCGAUCCAGACACAGCAGGACCUUCCUGGUGGAGAGCGGAACUGGAGAGCUGUGGUCUGAGCUGCAGACUGGUGACAGGUAUAUUGUUGCUGACUGCGGAGGAGGAACGGUUGACCUGACAGUCCAUCAAAUCGAGCAGCCACAGGGAACACUCAAAGAGCUCUACAAGGCCUCAGGCGGUCCGUACGGUGCCAUCGGAGUAGACCUGGCCUUCGAAGCCAUGCUGUGCCAGAUCUUCGGCGAGGACUUCAUCCAGAGCUUCAAAGCCAAGCGGCCGGCAGCCUGGGUGGACCUCACCAUCGCGUUCGAAGCGAGGAAACGGACGGCGGCGCCGGGCAGGGCCAACGCCCUCAACAUCUCCCUUCCCUUCUCUUUCAUCGACUUCUACAAGAGACAGAGGGGGCAGAGUGUGGAGGCCGCCCUGAGGAGGAGCAAUAUGAACAUAGUGAAGUGGUCGUCCCAGGGGAUGCUGCGGCUGACACAGGAAGCCAUGAACGAGCUCUUCCAGCCCACCAUCGUCAAUAUCGUCAAACACAUUGAGGAGCUGAUGGCAAAGCCGGAGGUGCGCGGUGUGCGUUUCCUCUUCCUGGUCGGCGGUUUUGCGGAGUCGCCCAUGCUGCAGAAAGCAGUCCAGAGAGCUCUGGGGCAGGCGUGUCGCAUCAUCAUCCCCCAUGACGUUGGGCUGACCAUACUGAAGGGCGCCGUGCUCUUCGGGCUGGAUCCCACCGUGGUCCGAGUGCGUCGAUGCCCCCUGAUCUACGGCGUCGGCGUCUUGAACCGGUUCGUGGAGGGGCGCCACCCCCGCGACAAACUCCUCAUCAAGGAGGGCCGCGAGUGGUGCACUGACAUCCUCGACCGCUUCGUCUGCGUCGACCAGUCGGUGGCUCUGGGCGAGGUCGUGAGGCGGAGCUACACGCCCGCUCGCCUGGGCCAGCGGAAGAUCAUCAUAAACAUCUACUGCAGCUCGACGGAGGACGUCGCCUACAUCACCGACCCCGGGGUCAGGAAGUGCGGGACGAUAACUUUGGACCUACCGGAACCGUUACCGCUACCGGGAGCAGUGGGCGGAGCAGGGGGAGGAGCAGGCCCAGAGAGGAGAGAGAUCAAGGCCACCAUGCAGUUUGGAGACACGGAGAUCAAAGUCACAGCCGUAGACGUCAUGUCUAACCGCACCGUCCGGGCUUCCAUAGACUUCCUGUCUAACUGAGGAGGAGCAGGAAGUAGAGACGAGGAUUGGAAAACACUGAUUCUAGGGAUGAUGACUGUAGAAAAAAAAAAAGCGGUACUUUGGGCGUCGGCUUUGCGUUCUAAGAAGAAACUCACAUCCUGUAAAUCAGACAUUUAUGCUUCAUGUUUAUUCAUUAGACUAGAGAAAAAGAUCAUGAGGGGAACUUUUUAAAAACUCUCCAACCUUCAAAAGCACAUCCUCCUUUAAAAAACACUUGUCAGCAUCUCCUCAACUGAAGGUCGCCCUCUACGUCCAAGAAAUGAAGACAUGAAUUCAGUGUCACAGGCAUUUCCUGCCCAGAAAUUAUCCAGAGGAACACUUGUAUGAACUCUGUAAAAGCGAAUGCCGGCAGGUGGCUGAGUGCACAUCCCUGCUGCAACGAUCACAUACCUUCUAAUAAUUCAACCUGUCCAAGGUGUAUUUCUAUUGCAUUAAACUACCUAGAGUGAGACUCACUCAUCUUAUAUGUUAAAUAUGAAGACUGCUGCCUUUCCCCCUCAUAUAAUGAAUCAUACAGGGAUAUGUCAAAAGUUGUGGUCUGAUACCUCAUUUAAAUCCUAUUUCACUCUCCAUUAUACAGAUAUUAAUACAACUACAUUGACUGCAGCUUUGUUUCUUCAUUGGGACUAUGGUUGUGCUCGACCUAGUGGCGAAAAGACUGAACUACAAGCUGUAGGUCCUUUGGGCAGUUCAAAGUUCUCAGCAUGCAGGAAACACCCCUACGGUUCCUUCAUUGGGAAGGACUGAGGCAUUAUCGCAGAAUAUACAUGUUUAUCAUAAAGUACGUCACCAUUCAGGUGUAGAGUUUGGUGUUUCACACUUCGGGAGAAGUUUUUUUUCAUUGCAAAUCAGGGUAAGAGCAUCAUGUAUGACAAGCUAUUUUUUACAGAUUAUACUUCAUUAUACACCUACAGUAAUGGGAGUACACUUAAUAGCCUGUCCCGUUGCUUUCAACCACAUCUGUGUCUUUCUCAGCCGAUGGAGUGGGCUCAGGUAUUAUGGAGAUGGCUCAGUUGUCUUCACUAGAUGUUAUCACAUGUUAAAACGUGACUGAAGUUCAUUACAACCAAGUAAACUAUCAACUAAAGAAGACGGGCUAAAUGCAUUUAAAAGGGGUGAAAAAGUAGAGCUUUAGUUAUACUUUGUCUAACUAGUCUUUAUUUUUGUUAUUCUUAACUCCUGCAGGGGCUUUAACUUUCCCACCUUAAGACAUCCUGUUGUGUUCCAUUUAAAGCCGGUCUUUGUAUGUUGUGUAUGCUGUAAUAAACUGUAUUCAUGUUAGAUUAUUAGCCACUGGAUCAUGUUCAUCAUGCUGACCCAACCUCGCUUCUUCUGAACUGUGCAGGUUGAAAAGUGAUACAACUAAGCAUCAUCCUUACAUUAUUCUAAUUUCACAAUCCACGGCCUUAUAUUUUACAUUAAAAUAAAAACUCUUGUACCAUUUUCCCAUCCUCCAUGGUCUCCAUCCUCAACCAGAUGUUUAAAAUAACACACGUAAACAGUCAACAGUGUGAUUUCAGCUGUGAAUUUAUUGAUAAUGGUGCAAUAAAUAGUUUCACACAGCCAAAACAAUGAAUGGUACGAACGGCUCGACAUCCUAUCAGUGCUUUACUUCCCAUGUUACACAUCAGUUUGUCACAUAACACAAAACCAGAUCAGAAAUGAUGGAACAGCUGCUUCAGGUCAGAGAAGAGCAGCGAACUCGGAGGGUACAGGAGUGCGUUUAGUUCAAAACCAGAGAGGGGACUAGUUCUGUUCUUGUAUUUCAAUAUCAUUUCUCAGUAAAUUGGCGACACAUAUAAAGAUGCAAGUCUUGAAAUGUUAAGCUUUCACUUGAUAAGGUCUGUUUAAGUAAGAAAAACAUAAGUGACAAAGAAAACACAAGAAAUGUCUGCCACCUUUGACCAAGUCUCAUUUCCCCCUUCUAUCUGUUUCACUCUACUUGCCAUUUGCAAUGUGUCUGACUGUUUACGUCACCCAAUUUUAUCUAGAAUUCAAAUCCAUAUGCAGGUCAAACAUGCCGAGCUACAUUCAACACCAUCUUUGCAUCUAUGUGUAAAUGUAACCUAAACUGUGCCGAAGACAAACUCCUCUAUCUGCAUUUGGGUUUUAAUGCCAGUUCAAAAUGAGGUUCUGCUCGUGCGUCUCUUAGUGAGCGUGGGGUCUCCCGCGGCCUCUGCCUCGGCCUCCUCCGGGAGGUCCGUCCAUGCUGCUGCGCGGGUUCUUGAUCGUCUCGUCCACCGACAGGAUGAGGCAGGCGGCCUCGGACGCCGCCGUCAGAGCGUUGAUCCUCACGAUGGACGGCUCCCACACGCAGGCGGCGAAGUUGUCCGCGAUGUCCUCAUUGUUGAUAUCCACGCCGUACCACAUACCGCCCUGCAGGGAGAUGACAGACGGAAGCACACAAAUUAUACAUUUCCCCGCUCCACUUCUAAAAACAGAGUAGGAUUAGGUCAUGUGCGUUUCAUCUCCCAACCUGUGCGUGUUUGGCGCGCAGCUUAUUCAGGAUGUUGGUGGCGUCAAAGCCGGCAUUGUCACACAGCUGUCGGGGGA